AGAUUCAGAUACAUAAUGCCACCAGCCUCAUCAGCGUCAAGCCCCCUCUCGAGACAGAGUUCACAUACAAGUCAUCUAUACCAGACCUCGACGAGACAUUGUUGAUUAUCGCCAGUCUUCCCUGCAUUGCUAUGUAUCACUGUGAUAUAACUUGGAUCACCCCCGAACAACCAUCGGAAGACCAGCAAAAAUUUGAACACGGACCACAAUUCCUGCAUCAACAACGACAAUCACGAGAACAAGAGGCCGUCUCCGCAGACACGAGGACGCAUAGCCACCGGCCUGCGCAGCGCCAGCAACAGCAAAAACAACACAAUCAUCAUCUCAGCUUCGUGAACCUUCUAGUCUCCGACAGCCGCGGGCAAGAACUGAGAGGAACCCGGUUACCGUUUGUCAGAGAUUUUCUGGCAUCACAUCAUCGAGACGGCAACCAGAUCACUAGCGAACCCACGAGCGGCCAGCUGAGGUCGAUCUCGCUUCCAGGGGUUCUCACACCUAAUCAGCAAAGUCUGUUGCUAUCGCCUCUCCCGACCACAUCGUCGGUAUCACAAUCUUCCCAAGUCGGCACUAGCAGCGCCACUCCGACACGACCCUGCGUAUCAUCAUCACGUCGGCCCUUUGGGUAGGAAACUCGUACCAGGGCGCCAACAACCACCAAAAAGAACAAGCCAAAGAUAGCGCUAUCGUCUCCGGCGGGCUGCGCUACGGAAAACAGAACAAGGCCUAGCCACAACGUGGACCAACUAGUCGCGACGUUUCUCGCCCCUGAGCUGCAUGAACCAGACGCACGCCGUGGCCGUUCUUAUUCUUGUCGGAAUAGCGCAGCGUUGAACAGGUUUAUUGCACCACCGACAGCGAACCGGCCUCCUCCCCUCCGAGUCUGGGACCGACUGACCGGUGGCCGCGCCUACGACUUUUGACGCAGCCAGCACGCAACUCUUUCAGU